GUGUGUGCAUUGUGCAAUGACAUGAACAAGCAGCGAGAAAAAGUGAAUUAACUUGUUUAAUGCGCAUCACUUGUGUUAUUAUUGUGCCAACUCGUAGAUUCUUGAGGGCUUUGUAUAAAUAAAAUUUGGUACAAAUAAAAUGAACAAAUCAGCGAUUGUAGCGCGAUCGAUGUGUAUCUUUAAUGAUUGAACAAUAUUCAACAUUAUUUCAAGGAAGAAUAAGUGCCUCAUUCCACUCGACCACUGUUUGUAUACGAUUUACACGGUACGAAUCCACCAGCGAUAUGACUGCCUUGAUGAAACAUGACACAUUUUGUUGGGAUUGCUGUGCCAUAAAUCCAACGUUAAAGUGCUUGAAUUGUCCGCGAUCGUUCCAUUCCAAAUGUGCUGGAUCCGAAGAAGAAAAUGAUGGAAUAGCUUGGCGGUGUCCCGUCUGCAUUGAAUUGGAUUCAACAAAAAACACCGACGACAAAAAGUGGUUGGACAUGUUGCCGAUAAUGAUCAACCGCGUAAUCAACGAUAAGAAGUUUGGUGCUUUAAAUAUUCGAUUGAGAGGUGCAAUGUCUGAUUGCUUGGCAAAUCCAAUGGAUCUAACGAAGAUCAAAGACAAGAUUAACUCAUACACCAGCUUCUUCGAGUUUCUCACCGAUGCACACUAUAUCGUUCACAACUGCUUGAUCUUAUUCCCAGGGACACACUACAUGGUAAAAACGGCCAAGGAGUUGGAAAAAUACCUCAAAGUAGAAAUUAAAAGUGUGAAAAAGUGCGUCGAAUGCUAUUCGAAUGCCAAUUUACAUCCGACGGACUGGGUGAUUAUGGUGUGUACGAAGCCACACCUCGUUCUUUGGGCCAAAGUAGGUAAAUCCAAAGGGUACUGGCCAGCAAAGUGUAUGUUAAUUGAUGGGCGAAUGGUCAACGUACGAUUCUUUGGCGAAAAUACUGAAGCAAACGUUCCAGCCAGAAGAUGCUUUUUGUACUCGAAAACUAAUCCAUCAUCAAAGAAAAUAAGACCAUCGAAGGGUUACGAAUCGGCUUUGGAAAAAGCCGAUGAGUACAUCGAAAACAUCCGAACAAAAUUUAGUUCGUUUCACCUUUCUGAUACCAAGACUGCUUUUGACCCAACGAUGUUGAAACAAUACCACCUCGAUGCGAUCCCGGGAUAUGCCAACUCUCAAGAGCCUUCGAUCGUUUCAGAAGACAUCACAGAUAGUAGCCUCGAUUCAUCUGUCAACGCUUUGGAAGACCAAAUUCAUUCUGAUGCCGAUAUGUCGACGCUUCCAAGAGGUGUACGCAAGAACAAAUUUGUAUCGAUUGACUUGACCCUAUCGGACGAUCUGACAGAUGGCAAUUCCGAUGAUGAUAAUCCAUCGGAAUCAGAUGAUGGCUCUGAUCCGAAAGACAAAAAUUAUGGACAAAUCGAUGCUGGGUUUGCCAACAACACAAACGAUGGUGAAUUGAAUACGGUUGAAACCAUCGAAGAUUCAAUUAAUGAGCCAUCCACAGAAGGAUCCAAUAUUCCUGUUGUCGAGUCCAUUGCAAAUGAUGAUGAAGGUACAGCUGAAACCUGGAAUUUGGCUAAAUGCCGUGAAGUGAUGUCACAAUCGCAACAAAGCACACUGAAUUCCAACAAAGCGCUCCAAUGUUUGUGUGAUUUGAAUGCCAAGUUGCAAGAUGAAAACAAACAUUUGGUCACCGAAUACGAUCGACGCAUCAAAGAUUUGGAACAGUUGGUUGCUAGUCAUAAUGAACAGGAGAAGAAGUGGACCGAUGAACUGAAGACGAAAACCGAUCAACUAACUGAACAUACGUCAGAGUACAAUAAAAUGAUUGAAAGAAAAGACCAAGAAAAGAAGACGGCCAUCAAUGAAACCAAGAAACGGUGCAAAGAAGAAUAUGAUCGCCAAUUAGAAAAUAAUAAAAAGAUGAAAUUUUGCGUGGUCUGUGACACUGCUAAACCACAAGACACACCCUACCUUUGCAGUAGGGAAUGUGGGAAAAGUUAUUGGAUGGACCAGUGAAUGGAAGAGACUUAUCUUGAAGCUAAAUCACAGCAAGGAGUUCAAUACAGCUGUAAGAACAACUAUUCACCAACUCAGAACUGGAACAAAUUCGGAUUCAUUCGCAUGGCAAAUUUGAAAUAAAUUCGUUGAAGGCAAACACAUAAAUUAUAAUUUCAGCAUAAGAACAAGACAAAUCAUAAUAUUUUUUAUUUUACAUAAACUGCAUGUCAAACAUAACACGAGCAUUUUACGUUUGAUAAAAUAAAUAAAAUACUUC